UUUGAUUUCAGAUGUGUACUUUCUGAGAUUUGUGAGAUCUAUUUGAUGUGGAUUGCUGAAAUUUGUGAAAAUAUUAAAAUUUAUGGGAAUGUUGAAUUGGUGAGAUUAUUGAAAAUUCUUUGUAAUAAAGAUUAUUGUGAAUGGAUUGAGAGUUGUUUUAGUGAGAAUAAUGAAAAAUUUGAAAUAAACACUACCAUUCAGAUUUGUUUUUGUGAGAUUGAGCUGUGUUUUAGAAUUUUGUUGAAAUGUGAGAUUUUGUGUGUAUUUCUUAUUUCUUUUUUGUUGGGAUAUGAGUUAAUCGGAUUAGGUUAGUCAAAUAUAAUUUUUAAACGGGUUCAGAUAGUGUAUCUAUAAAUGUAUUGGGUCCGGUAUUUAAAACUUCACGGGUACACUACCCACUAACAUCCCUGAGUAGUCUCUCCCUCACAUCCAAGAUUCGUUCUCUUAGUUGGACUAACUCGAGGUAGUUAUAUUCAUGAUUCAUAUUCCGUUUGGCUAUGAUGCUUGAGGUCAUGCCUGCAACAAAAGAGAAUUUUGAUUGUGAUCACAAUUGCAUCAAACUUGCAUUCAGCAAGUUGAUGAAGCAGAUAGGCAAUCCAGUUGAGUUUGAACUCCCAGAGUGUUUUAAUAAAUGGAAGCUCACUCCUUACACCUUCAUAAAACGCAAUAUAUAUCUCACAAAGAGAAUUAAAAGGCGCCUUGAGGAUGAUGGCAUAUUCUGUUCCUGCAGUUCAUCACCAGGUGCUUCUGGUGUCUGUGGUAGAGAUUGCCAUUGUGGGAUGCUACUCUCUAGCUGCUCCACUGGAUGCAGAUGUGGGAGUUCAUGUCUCAACAAACCCUUUCAACACCGACCUGUGAAGAAAAUGAAACUAGUACAGACUGAGAAAUGUGGAGCUGGAAUUGUGGCGGAUGAAGAUAUUGCACAGGGAGAGUUUGUAAUAGAAUAUGUUGGAGAAGUCAUAGAUGAUAAAACAUGUGAGGAAAGGCUUUGGAAUAUGAAACACCGUGGAGAGACAAAUUUUUACUUGUGUGAAAUUAAUCGAGAUAUGGUAAUUGAUGCCACAUACAAGGGAAACAAGUCAAGAUACAUAAACCACAGUUGUUCUCCUAAUACUGAGAUGCAGAAAUGGAUAAUUGAUGGUGAGACAAGAAUUGGCAUAUUUGCAACUCGUGACAUAAAAAAGGGCGAGCAUUUGACCUAUGAUUAUCAGUUUGUCCAAUUCGGUGCAGAUCAGGACUGCCAUUGUGGUGCUGUUGGCUGCAGGAGAAAACUAGGGGUUAAACCCAGCAAGCCUAAGAUUUCUUCAGAUGCUGCAUUACAAUUAGUAGCAUGCCAGGUGGCAGUGUCCUCUCCCAAAUUGAAAGCAAUUUUAUCUGGAAAAGAUGUUUAUCAGAAUGGAGGUUUGCAUACAGGGAAUUCAGAACAUGCAUACAGUAAACGACAGACACGAUCUCAUAAUUGCAUUGGUGAAGUGAUUCACAUGUUUCGUCCAUAUAGUAAUAGAUCUUUUGGGAUGAUCAAACGGUUUGAUAAGCACUCAAGAAAACAUGCGAUAAUGUUUGAAGACGGUGCAGUUGAAUUUCUAGACAUGUCAAAAGAAGAUUGGGAAUUUGUAACUUUGUGAUCUAGCCUUGAGGUGACAACGAACUCGUCAUUGGAAAAUGUUGUAAUAUUUGAUUCUAGUAUCCUGUUCUGUGCUCACAAAAGACAAGAUUGGUUCUUGCACUUGGUCUGCAAGAAUGUUGUAAACAAAAAUAUCAUAUGCAUUUUUUGUCUUGAUAAAAUAAGGAAUUUUAAACUGUAGCUGUCGGAGAAAACAGUAUGCUGGAGGAGCCGCUCUUCAAAUUAGACUGCUCGCGGCAGGUCAGACUUUGGAGGCUGAUGGAAAUACAGCAAGUAGGUUAACUUGUCCAACAAGUUGAUCCAGUGUUCUAACAAUGGUCAGUAGUACCAUAUCCUAUGUUUCAUAUUGAUUGUGCCAUUUGCAAGAAUACUUUGAAGUAUCAUCGCAAUUGUAUGCUCAGAAGUCGAAAUCAAGUGGGGAACUGAUAUGUCUUAUUUAAAAAAAAAAAGAAAGAUAGGUUUUGAUAGGUUUAUUAGAGUGGUUUGAUGGGGGCUCCGCUAGAAGCGACUGUGCUAGGAGGAGAUGAGAUAAUUUGGGCUGUUGAAAUAGUCGUUCAGUUUUGAAUUAAACUUUCAAAACUGAACGAAAGAACAUAUUUUCAAAAUAUGAGGAUGGGAUUUAAGUUAUAGCCAAAGCCAGACUGUAACAAAUAAUAUGUUUGGUAUUUUUUCUCCCAUUUGUUGGACCUCAUUUCCAUAGGUUAGGAGGGUUUUUUCUGGCUCACUAAUGGUAUGUACUAUGCAGUAGAAGCAGAAUGUUCUUAAAUUUGAAUUACCAUUACCAGGUGUGAUUGUGUUUUA